AUCUGUAGCGCCAAGAAAGCAGCCCCGCACACGAGGGGGAUAGCAACAGCCUCAGCGUCCCACUCCUCCUUGUCGGGGUCGACCCUCUUUCUCCGAGUUGCCGGCGGUGGCGCCGCGUUAGACAGAUAGUUGGAUAGAUGGACGACGCCGGCGAGAUACACGCCUUCGGGCGCAGCCUGCGGCAGGAGAGCACGGUAUGGUCGCGCGGCGGCGACGACAUGUUCUCGCGGUCGUCGCGGGACGAGGACGACGAGGAGGCGCUGCGAUGGGCGGCGCUGGAGAAGCUGCCCACCUACGACCGCGCCAGGACGGCGGUGCUGGCCAUGCCGGAGGGCGAGCUCAAGGAGGUGAACGUGCAGAAGCUGGGCGCGCAGGAGAGGCACGCGCUCAUGCAGCGUGUCGCCUGGGUCGGCGACGAGCACGAGCGCUUCCUCUCCAAGUUCAAGGACCGCGUCGACAGAGUCGGUGUCGAGCUGCCGACGAUCGAGGUGAGGUACCAGAACCUGAACGUGGAGGCGGAGGCGUACGUUGGCAGCAGGGGCCUGCCCACCAUCCUCAACACCUACGCCAACGUACUGGAGGGCCUGGCAAAUACUCUUCACCUAACACCAAACAGGAAGCAGAAAAUAUCAAUCCUUCACAAUGUCAGUGGAAUCAUUAAGCCUCACAGGAUGACCUUGCUUUUGGGUCCCCCUGGUGCCGGAAAAACCUCGCUGCUUUUGGCCUUGGCUGGAACUCUGCCUUCGAGUCUUAAGAUGUCAGGGGAAAUAAUUUACAACGGGCAUACCAUGGACGAGUUUGUGCCGCGGAGAUCAGCAGCUUAUGUUAGCCAACAUGAUCUGCAUAUGGGCGAACUGACUGUCCGCGAGACAGUCAAUUUCUCUGCGAAAUGUCAAGGAAUUGGUCACCGCUUUGACCUGCUAAUGGAGCUAUCAAGGAGAGAAAAGGAAGAAAAUAUCAAACCGGAUCCAGAAAUAGAUAUCUACUUGAAGGCUGCUGCAACAGGAGAGCAGAAAGCCGAGGUGGUCACAAAUCACAUACUAAAGAUCUUGGGGUUGGAUAUCUGUGCCGACACAAUCGUAGGCAACAAUAUGUUGAGAGGUAUAUCCGGAGGGCAAAAGAAGAGAGUAACAACAGCUGAGAUGCUUGUAACACCAGGAAGAGCCCUUUUCAUGGACGAGAUAUCAACUGGACUAGACAGCUCGACAACCUUCCAGAUUGUGAACUCCAUCCGGCAAACAAUUCACAUUAUUGGUGGAACAGCAGUCAUCGCGUUGCUACAACCUGCACCAGAGACAUAUGAAUUGUUUGAUGAUAUAAUUCUCCUCUCAGAUGGUCAGGUUGUCUACAAUGGCCCUCGAGAACAUGUGCUCGAGUUCUUUGAAUCAAUGGGAUUCAAAUGUCCUGAGCGAAAAGGCGUAGCUGACUUCUUGCAAGAAGUUACAUCAAGGAAAGAUCAGGGACAAUACUGGAUAAACAGUGACGAGACAUACCGAUAUGUUCCGGUUAAGGAGUUUGCGGAGGCAUUUCAAUCUUUCCACGUUGGUCAGGCUAAAAGUGAGUUAGCAGUCCCAUUUGACAAGAGCAGGAGUCAUCCUGCAGCCCUGAAAACAUCAAAAUAUGGUGCCAGCAUGAAGGAACUACUCAAAGCUAACAUCAACAGAGAGAUACUGCUCAUGAAAAGAAACUCCUUUGUGUACAUAUUCAAGGCAACUCAGUUGACAAUCAUGGCAAUCAUAGCAAUGACCGUCUUUCUGCGCAUCAAUAUGCAUCAUGACUCAGUAACAGAUGGAGGGAUAUACAUGGGUGCUCUCUUCUUUGGGAUCUUGAUGAUCAUGUUCAAUGGUUUAGCAGAAGUAGGUCUAACCAUUGUAAAGCUCCCUGUUUUCUUCAAGCAAAGAGAUCUUCUCUUCUUUCCAGCAUGGACAUACAGCUUGCCGUCAUGGCUCAUUAAGACCCCCCUGUCCUUACUCAACGUAACGAUUUGGGUCGGCAUAACAUACUAUGUCAUUGGAUUUGAUCCCAACAUACAGAGAUUUUUUAGACAGUUCCUGCUGCUCUUAUUAAUGAAUGAGGCAUCAUCUGGACUCUUCCGCUUCAUCGCUGGCCUUGCAAGGAAUCAGGUUGUUGCAAGCACCAUCGGCUCCUUCAGCAUACUUAUUUUUAUGCUCACGGGUGGAUUCAUCCUGGCAAGAGAGAAUGUGAAGAAAUGGUGGAUAUGGGGGUACUGGAUAUCUCCCCUUAUGUAUGCACAAAAUGCUCUAUCGGUCAAUGAGUUCCUAAGUAACAGCUGGAAUAAGACAAUCCCCGGUACCAAUAAACCACUUGGAACUCUAGUUCUAGAAUCUCGUGCGAUUUUUCCUGAAGCCAAGUGGUACUGGAUUGGCGUUGGUGCAUUGCUUGGAUAUGUGCUGCUAUUCAAUAUCCUCUAUACCGUGUGCCUCACCUUCCUCGACCCAUUUGACAGCAACCAGCCAACAAUAUCUGAGGAAACAAUGAAGAUAAAACAAGCUAAUCUCACUGGUGAAGUCUUAGAAGCAUCAUCGAGAGGACGGGUUAAGAACAAUACUAUAGCAUCUACAGAUACUGCUGACUGGAGCAAUGAAGAAUCAACUUCCAACAAUGCAACAGUGAAUUCUAGUCCAGGCAAAAAAGGAAUGAUUCUCCCGUUUGUACCUCUAUCCAUCACAUUCGAAGAUAUAAAAUACAGUGUAGACAUGCCACAGGAAAUCAAAGCACAAGGUGUGGCAGAGAGCCGGCUGGAACUACUAAAGGGUAUCAGCGGUUCAUUUAGGCCAGGAGUACUUACAGCUCUUAUGGGUGUCAGUGGUGCUGGUAAGACAACACUGAUGGAUGUGUUGGCUGGACGGAAGACCAGUGGAUACAUAGAGGGCAACAUUACAAUCUCUGGCUAUCCAAAGAAGCACGAAACUUUUGCUCGUGUGUCAGGAUACUGCGAGCAGAAUGACAUCCAUUCACCAAAUGUGACCGUGUACGAGUCUCUUGCAUUCUCUGCAUGGCUCCGGUUACCUGCCAACGUUGAUUCUUCAACAAGAAAGAUGUUCAUUGAUGAGGUCAUGGAGCUAGUAGAACUUUUCCCCUUAAAAGAUGCAUUGGUUGGAUUACCUGGUGUUAGUGGAUUGUCAACUGAGCAGAGGAAAAGACUGACAAUAGCAGUGGAGCUGGUCGCUAACCCUUCUAUCAUUUUCAUGGAUGAACCGACAUCUGGACUUGAUGCACGAGCAGCAGCCAUUGUCAUGAGGGCAAUAAGGAAUACCGUAGAUACAGGAAGGACAGUUGUUUGCACCAUUCACCAACCAAGCAUUGACAUAUUUGAAUCUUUUGAUGAGCUCUUCCUGAUGAAACGAGGAGGUGAAGAGAUUUAUGUGGGUCCACUAGGCCGGCACUCAUGUGAAUUGAUCAGUUAUUUUGAGGCUAUUGAAGAUGUCAGAAAGAUUAAAGAUGGCUAUAAUCCUUCAACAUGGAUGCUGGAGGUGACUAGUGCAGCGCAAGAACAGAUAACUGGGAUUAGCUUCAGUCAAGUAUACAGGAAUUCUGAACUAUAUCGGAGGAAUAAAAGUUUAAUAAAGGAGCUAAGUACACCUCCUGAAGGUUCAAACGACUUAUCCUUCCCAACGGAGUACUCACAAACCUUCCUCACACAAUGUUCUGCUUGCCUGUGGAAGCAAAGUCUGUCAUACUGGAGAAAUCCUCCAUAUACUGCAGUCAAAUUCUUCUAUACUACACUAAUUGCGCUAUUGUUUGGAACAAUGUUCUGGGGCAUUGGAAGAAAAAGGCACAGUCAACAAGACUUGUUCAAUGCCAUGGGUUCCAUGUAUGCCUCAGUUUUGUUCAUGGGGGUGCAGAACUCGGCCUCAGUUCAGCCAGUUGUGGCUGUUGAGCGCACAGUCUUUUACAGGGAAAGAGCGGCCCACAUGUACUCACCUCUGCCAUAUGCAUUGGGACAGGUUGCAAUUGAACUUCCAUACAUCUUUGUUCAAUCAUUGAUAUAUGGCGUGAUAGUAUAUGCUAUGAUUGGCUUCGAGUGGACAGCUGCCAAGUUCUUUUGGUACCUGUUCUUCAUGUACUUCACUCUAGCUUACUUCACAUUUUACGGAAUGAUGUCGGUGGGCCUGACUCCGAACUACAACGUUGCCUCCGUUGUUUCCACGGCAUUCUAUGCUCUUUGGAACCUGUUCUCGGGAUUUAUUACACCAAGAACUAGAAUUCCGAUAUGGUGGAGAUGGUACUACUGGCUCAGCCCUAUUGCAUGGACACUCAACGGUCUGGUCACUUCACAGUUUGGAGAUGUAACAGCAAAGUUCGAAAGUAACGGCGUGCAGGUGUCCGAGUUUGUAGAGAGCUAUUUUGGGUUCCACCAUGACUUCCUGUGGGUAGUCGCUGUGGUGGUCGUCUCAUUUGCAGUUCUCUUUGCUUUCCUCUUCGGGCUAUCGAUAAAGCUAUUCAACUUCCAGAAGAGAUAAGUGACCAAGGAAGACAUAUCCAAGGUUGGUCAAAGCCUGCUAGCAGAGACGUUACAAUAGAGGGAUAGGUCCUUGUAGUUGUAUUGCAUAUAUGUGAAUACUAGCAUAGCAUUAAUCUAUGAGAACACAAUGCCUAAACUAAAUGUACAGUGACAGUGCACAUUGUGCACUAUGCCUCUGAAGUUCAGUUUUGUAAGUUGUAUAUAAAUCAAGUGAGUUUUCCACUCUGAUAAUUUUCUCAACAAA